AGAAAAUAAAACUAAAAUCAACUGUGAAAAAUUUUGAAUUUCAAAUAAAAUUCUCGUAUUAUCAAAAUAAAAGAAAGGAGUCGAGCAACUGCUAAUAAAACUGUGAUCAACAAAAGAGAUUUUCAAGCAAAAUAAAGAAACUUUCAAUUGCAUAAAAAUCGCAGCACUAGCUGUCUCAACAACAGAAGCAAAGCAACAAAAAGGCGAUCAAAGUUGGAUAACCAAAAGUAAAAUUGAAUUGGGCUGAGCAUUAAUCGUUCACGCGUCAGCUAAAAAAAGAACGAACAGCACAACAACAAGGCGAGUGAGUGCAUCAGCUCGGCAACAGUAAAUAGCCAGCAUUAAAAAAGUAAAGUAGUAGCAGCAAUAUCAGCGGCUACCAAGUACAAAAUAAUCGAAAGUAAAGUCAAAUCAGCAAAGGGGACACUGUGUGCCAGUCACCGGUCAGCAGUCAUCACCACGACCAACAACAACAACAACAGCAAAACACUUGCUAUUUUGAUUGCUCUUAAAUAAUAUUUCUCUGCAAUUUGCAAUUGCAACUGAGUGCGCGCACAUAACAACAACAACAACAACAACAAUAGUAACGGAAAUAACAAGCAUAGCUAGCUAGCUUCAACUGGACAAUCAGUUCAUAAAGUAGCACUUGAACUGAAUCUUCAAAAAGAAGAAAAAUAAACAUAAAAAAUAAAUUCCACAAUUGUUAUUUAUUUGUCUGCAGCGCUAAGAAGAGCAACAAGCAGUAGUCAGUUAGUGUGUUGCUAUUAGAGGGACUCACACUCACACACAAAUUUUCGUUGUGAAUUGAAUUUGUUGUUCGACAAAAUUAAAUUGAAAGCCAAUAGUUAUUUGCAAAUUUUCUUCAGUGUUCUUGUGUAUCAACGAAUUGUGUUAAAUUGAAAAUUGUUCUUCACUUCCCGACACUGUAAAUUUUUUUUUGAACGCCAACAACGCAACAAAAACAAAACUUAUAUUGCAAGAGUACUGGCGCAAAAAUAAAGGGGCCCAGAGAUUGUCGAAAACAGCUUAAUUAUUGAGCGAGCGGUGCUAAGAAUUAGCAAGGGAUUCAUAAAAAGGAGGAGGCAAAGUUAGCAAAGUUAUAGUGGAAAAGUGUGCAACAAGAAAAACUACAAGCAACUAAGUACGAAACAACUAAACUAAACUAACUAGGCAAACAAUAAGUAUACAAAACUAAACUACAAAAAAAAAAAAAACCAAACUAUGGAACGUGAAUCCAAUCCGAUGCAACCCAUGUGCCGCUCUGGUUGCGGUUUCUAUGGCAAUCCAGCCACCGAUGGUCUCUGCUCAGUGUGCUAUAAGGAUUCUUUGAGAAAAAAGCAACAACCUCCUGUUAGCAGCACACCUGUAUCAGUUCCAAGCCCACAGCCAAGCCCCACAUUUAGUCCAGCCAUCACAAUAACCAAUACAGCACAGCCGACAGUGCAAAGUUUACAGCAGCAACACAAUGAAAUUAAAGAGAAAAUAAACGAAGAAAGCGCAGCUAAAACUAGCACCGAAGCUGCUGCCAUUGCCGGUCCAUCAACAUCCUCCCAACCAACUGAAGACGACAAAGACAAGGAGGAAGAUAAAGAUGCAAAAAAGAAAAAGAAUCGUUGCGCCGAAUGCCGCAAGAAAGUUGGUCUUACAGGUUUUCAGUGCCGAUGCGGUGGACUUUACUGUGCUGUACAUAGAUACAGCGACAAACACGACUGCACAUUUAAUUAUCGGGAACAUGGGGCCCAAGAAAUUCGACGCAAUAAUCCUGUGGUAGUUGGCGAAAAAAUACAAAAAAUUUGAACUUUUGUGCCAUCAACUUUAUAAUAUAAAUAUAUAUAAAUAUAAAUAUUAAAUAUAUACAUAAAAUUAAAUAUAAAUAAUAAUGAUAAUAUAAUUAAUAACUAUAUAUACAUAUGUAAUAAUAAUUAAUAUAACACUACAAAAAAAAAAAAAACAAAAAUGGAAAUCGGAAUCAGAAAGCAACAAAAAACUCAGCUUAAAUAAACAAUAGUUGUAACACAGAGCGCAUAUUUAAACAAUGCGUACUCCAAAAAAUACACAGGCACACACAUACUCAUACAAACGGCAAAUUAAAAUCCCCACCACCACCAACACAGGCGAAUGCUAAUUUUGCAUCCCACUAGAAUUCAAGGCUUCCUGAAAAUGCAGCACCACUUGUUGGCAUCACCAAAUGCGGUGAAUGUAUGCUGGAACAUACUGACAAAACUGCAUAAAGCAACGCGAAUAAAAUAGUGUAUACAUAGAUAUUGCAUAGCAUUGCAUUUGAAAUGAACGGUGGUGCUGCGGCGAAAACAAAUGGAGUUUGAAAAUUGACCGGAGCUGCCGCCGCCGCUCUUAGCUUUCCAUUUAGUGACCAUGUCAACGUAGCGUUUGCCAAAAAAAAAAAACCAAAAAUAACGCGGGUCAGAAAGUGAAAAAUAAGUUAUUUUGGUGAACUUCCAUUUCCAUAUUACAGCUGACGACAAUGACGCUAAUGACGACAGCUGCGUGAGCAAAUUCACCGAUGUAAACAUAUUUUAGGCUUACCACUUCCAGCUGAUGGCAAUUGCGAUACCACCACAACUCCGACCAAAAAGAACCCCACACCUCAUAGAUACACGGAAUACACACGUUUCACGCUGAGUGUUGAGGAGGCUUCUACUAUAAACUUCUGGGCUGCAGUUAGCGUUUAAGAAAUUUCAGAUUACAUACUUACAAAAAAUAGCAAUUUAUUCGAGAACAUAUUUGGCAAUCCAUACAAUAUGAACAUUUAUUAAUACAUACUAUUUUCAAUUACAGUAAAUGAUAAAAUACAAACGAAGAAAAACAAAUAUUAAUUAUUAUUAAUACAAUUACUAUUAUAUUAUAUUAUUAUUAUUAUUACAACAGAAGCGAGACAGAAAAUGGAGCUAAAAAGUAACAAGUAAAAAACAAGUAAAGAAAAGUAAAAAAAAGCGAAAAAAAACUAAAAAAAAAAAUACUUUUACCUAGUUUACUAUUAAAAAUUGCGUGCAGGAGUAAACAUAUUUUAAUAAAAAAAAAAAAUCAACUUAGUGUAUAGUGCAGUAAAUCAAGCGGUAAACGAAAGGAAAAAAGUAAAAAAAGAAAACUAAGAAUAAAUGGAAGAUCGAAGCUGAUAAAAGCGUAAAUAUUAGUGAGAGUAAAUGCAAAUGGAUUAAUUUAAUUUAAUAAAAUAUACAUAUUACCUAUAUACAUAAUGAUAAUACGUUGAUGAGUGGGCGAACGCGAUAAAAGUUAUAUUUUAACUGACCUAGCAAUAUAAGGUUAUCUGUCUCACCACGGUUCGUUCUUUGAAGAGUAAAAUAAACACCUAUAUAUAUACAUAUAUACAUGAAAAUUUAAACGCAUUCUUCCUUUGUUGCUUUUUUCACUAUAAUUUUAUUCCUUUCUUUUUUUACUUUAAGCGUUAUUUAGUUUCUUCCUUCAAACUAUGAUAAUAAAUUUAAUAUUAAUUACAUUUCUUCCUUGUUUGUUGCUGUAAAUCAAUUUUAAACACAAAAAAAAAUAUUCAGAUAGCCGUAAAACUGCAAUUUUAUUGUUGAAGUAGAAAUCGAUUUUACGUUUUUAGUUUAUUUGAAUAAUAUUCAUUAAUUAUUAAUAAAAAAUAUACACUUUGAAAAAAAAACACAAAAAAAUAUGUUUAUCAAAUUUGAAUGUGUAUAGCGGAGUGCAAAAAAAUUGAAAAUAUGAAAACAAAAAAUUAAUCAAAAAUAAUACAUAUAUGUACUAUGUAUAUGUGCAUAUGUAUGUAUGUAUAUGCGCAUUGAGCGGGAGCAGCAGCACAAAUUUCUCAAGUGCAGAUAAACGAUUUAGGUUUAGAUACUUACCAGAUGCUUUGUUUUGAACUAGUAGCUGCUAUUGCCCACAAAAAAAGUAAAAUUAUUAAAAAAAAAAAAAAAGUUGCGCAAUGCGUACGCAUCAGCACCCGAGUUAGUCUAAUUUUCGGCCGACACUUGUAUACUUUUCCAGCAAUAUUAAAUACCCUCUUACCCCCGCCCCCCAUUGUUGCUUAUGUAGUUUGUUUUCACUUACAUAGUACAUACACACAUACAUAUACUUUUCUUCAAUUAAUUUUAGUUAAUGUAAAAUAUUUAGUGAAUUGCAGUUGACGACAUAUGUAUGUAGUUUUAUAAGUUGAGCAAAUAGUUGUGGUGAAGUAAUAAAUACAUGUGAAUGUAAGUAUAAAAUCAAAAAGCAACAACUGUUUACUUGUUUUUGUCGCUUUUUUUCGAGCUGCCUUGUUUUUUGGUUAGCGAAAAAAGGCAAUAAAAACAGCGGAAACAGCAUUGCUUAAAAAUAAAAUAACAAGCGACAACUUGGUAUAUUGGAUAAGUGAUAAGAAAUGUAAGUAAAUUACAUAAAAAAAAGAGAUAAAAUAAAAGUGAAACAAAAAACAAAAACAAUGAACUCUAAUACUUUAAUGUGUAUGAUGAAAAUAAAUGCGUAAAUAAAAAUUAAAUGAUAAACCUAACACCAAUCACUGUAAUUAUUUGAUCAAUAAAUGAAUGAAAGAACUAUAUAAUAAAAUCA